GAAGACCGUUCAUCGCUGCUGUGGGGCUCUCGCUUCGGGGGCGCCGGAGCCGGGGUGCAGCUCUCAGGUUGCUUCGUGGCACGAGGGUCAGGCGAGCGUCGCGCGGAGGUCCAGUUACCAGACAGGCACGGCGAGGCCCGGGCCACGAUGGACUUCCCCGGCUCCCUCCGCCCCACAGUAUUCAUGACUGGCCCCCUUGGUCUGAGCGAUGUCCCUGACAUGUCCUUCAUGUGCAGCUGGAGAGACGCACUCACCCUGCCGGAGUCCCUGCCCCAGAACUCCGAGAAUGGGGUGCCGCACGUGGCCAAGGGCCUUCUCUGGGAGCCGGAGACCCCCGGGCCCCUUCCCUUGCUGCCUCCUGGUCCCGAUCCCUGGCACCCUGGUCUGACUGCCCAGGACCUGCUUUUCCGGGGAGGUCACCCGUUCCAGAAACAGCCCCGAGUUGUGCUGGAUGUUACUGAACAGCUCAGCCGGUUCCUGUGGGACCAUGGGGACAUAGCCUUUGCACCCCUGGGGAAGCUGAUGCUGGAGAAUUUCAAACUGGAGGGAGCACGGAGCCGCUCUAAGAAGAAGACAGUGGUCAGUGUGAAGAGGCUGCUCCAGGACCUCGAUGGACACCAGCCCUGGGGGUGCCCCUGGGCUUACCUCAGCUACCGGCAGCGUCGGUUCUCCAUCCUCGGGGGCCCAAUUCUGGGCAAGUCGGUGGCAAACCUCCUGGGAGACCUGCUGCACGAGGAGCUGGUGACGCGGUGGGAGCAGCUGCUCUUGGAUGAUGCUUUCACUGGGGGCGCGCUGGCCUGGGUGCCUGGGAAGACACCCCGGGUUGGGCAGCUGGUCUACCCUGCGGGAAGCACCCUGGACAAGCUGUAUUUCCAAGAGGUCAGUCUGACCCCAGGUGGUAACCCCCAGGUCCUCAGGGACCCUGGCCACAUCCAGCUGCGAGGACCUGUCCGGCAGGUGGUGACCCGAACUGUGCAGGGAGAAUCUCUGUUGGCCGUCCGCUCUGACUACCACUGUGCCCUGUGGAAGAUCAGCAGGCAGGGGCGGCCGGCGCCUCUCCAGGUGCUGCAGGUCGAGAAGGGGGCCACAGGGAUCAGCCUCAGCCCUCACCUACCCGGGGAGCUGGCCGUCUGCAGCCGUUCGGGAGCCAUCUGUCUGUGGACCCCCCAGGAUGGGCUGCGGCGAGUCUACAAGGACCCUGACACCCUUGUGUUCCGGGACCCCUCUCCCUGGCGUUGGGCAGACUUCACCGCCCACCCUCGGGUGCUGACUGUGGGUGACCGCACUGGAGUGAAAAUUGUCGACACACAGGUGAGGGGUGGGGACUGUCACAGGCAGAGCAGCAGGACAGAGCAGAGACACGGAGUCGGCUGGGGCAGGGACCUCCCCGAGGGCAUGAAAAGCAGCAGGUCAGUGAGUCCUGCUGGUGGGGAUGGUGCCCCUGACCUCGGACUGGGAGGGCUGACCCGGUUUCUCUCCCAGGGCCCGCCGGGCUGUGGUCUGCUGCUUUUUCGUGGAGGGGCAGAGGCAUCCUGCCAGAAAGGGGAACGUGUGCUGCUGACCCAGUACCUGGGGGAGGGCAGCCCCGAGUCUCUGCAUUCCACGCUCCAUCUCAUCUGUACCCAGUUCUCGCUCUACCUGGUGGAUGAGCGCCUCCCCUUGGUGCCGAUGCUGAAGUGGAACCACGGUCUCCCCUCCGCUCCCCUUCUGGCCCGGCUGCUGCCUCCGCCCGGGCCCGGCUGCCCGCGGCCGCUGAUCCUGGGGGGCCAGGACGGGCAGCUGCAGCUGCUGCACAUCACUGAGGAGGCCUCCACACCCCGGCUGGCAGGGCCCCCCCAGUCUCUCCCUUCCAGGAAUGACUCCCUCUCUGCAUUCCCCGUGCUGGAGCCCAAGAGUCAGUGGCGGCUGCAGGAGCGUCUGAAAGCGCCAACCAUAGGUCUGGCUGCCGCCAUCCCACCCUCCGCCUCCACGCCAAUCCUGUCGCUCUUCCAACUCUCGGCAGCUGGAGAUGUCUUCCACCAGUGCCUCCGCCUCCAGGCAGACCCUGGGCCUGACUCUUGUGCCCCUACAGUCUCCUGGAGCCCCCAGGCCACUGCCUGCUGCAGCCAGUGGCUGAAGGCCUUGCUGGAGGUGCCCCCAGCUCCCCCUGUGUGGGCUGCACCCACCUUCUCCCACCGCCGUCUGCUGGGCUGUGUGGAGCAGAGGGAGGUUGAGGGGAAAGUGCCAGAGGGUCUCCGGGCUGCCAUGGCUGAAGGGCGGCUCCUGCAGCAGAGGGACCUGGGCUCGCUCCCCACUGCAGAGCCGCCCCCCGCCCCAGAGCCUGGCCCCGACGAUGAGCUCAGCAAGCGCUUGGAGGCGGCCUGGGAAGGCCGGGCGGCUGCCUGGUGGGAGAGGCGGCAGGGCUGGAGCUCAGGGCCCAGGCAGCAGCCCAAGCGGCACAAGCGCCGCACGCAGCUCUCCAGCACCUUCUCCUCGCUCAGUGGCCGCCUGGAGCUCUCAGACGCGACCAGCCCUCCUCCCAGCCCAGACCCUGAGGCCCGUCCUCGGCCCCCAGGGACCCCACCCUCCCAAGAGUUGGCCCAGGAGCACUGGGCCCGGGGCGUCCCCUCGGAGCGGCAGCAGACCCUUCGGGACUAUAUGGCCAAGCUCCCACUCCGAGAAGACGCCCUAGAAGAUGCCUCUGCGCCCCCCUCCCAGACCUCCAGCAUCCGGGCCACCCGCUCCAGGCAGCGGACCCUCCAGGACAACACAGCCAAGCCACCACUCCAAAUGGACACCCCAGAAGGUGUCUCUGUGCCCCCCUCCCAGACCUCCAGCAUCUGGGCCACCCGCUCCAGGCAGCGGACCCUCCAGGACAAUACAGCCAAGCCACCACUCCAAAGGGACACCCCAGAAGGUGCCUCUGUGCCCCUCUUCCAGACCUCCAGUAUCCGGGCCACCCGCUUCAGGCAGCAGACCCUCCAGGACAACACAGCCAAGCCACCACUCCAAAGGGACACCCCAGAAGGUGCCUUUGUGCCCUCUUCCCAGACCUCCAGCAUCCAGGCCACUCCCUCCAGGCAGCAGACUCCCGUCCUCUCUGGCUCUCAGCGAAUCCGGAAGAAGCCCCGCAUGGGCUUCUGAGGGCCCAGGGAAGCUGCUGCCCCUCCUCCAGGGAGUCCUUUGUCCUGCACCAACUGUGUCUUCGUGACUGAAGCUUAGGAAACAAAAAGAGAACCAUCUCCAGGGUGCAGACCUUUCUCCUUUUGAAGGCCAUCGUGCCUGUGGGAGGCGUCCAAAAAUGACCUGGAGCCAAGUCAGAGGACUGGGGACAACCACACAGCAGUUCCUCUUGUCGUCUGUACCUUUGCCUGGAGGCGCUUCCACAGGCACAUUGGAAACACCCUCGCGGUCCAGUCCUUGAGGUCAGUGUCAUUGGGAUUCCCUCCAGGAGACAGGGCUGUGCUUGACAGCAGGGGCUCCCUGCACACGAGCUGGGGUCUCCGUGUACCCUGCUGACGUCGGGGUGACAGUGCUAGCUCCUCGCCGUGGCCGGGGACGUGAAAUGAGACACGGGGGAGCUGCGGGGGCGGCGCUCGGUGGGAGUUGGCAGCCGCUGGCGGCUGGUUUGUGUGUGUUGGGCAGUGUCUGCUGUGGUCUAAGGUUUCGUAGAGGGAGACGCUGUGGAUUGCACUCAGGG